GAAGGACGCACCAAUGAGGUCGACUUGAGCGGUGAUCCUGAGGUGGAGCCUCGCGCCUUCAGCGCGUUGCUCAUGUACCUCAUGUCCGACUGCUUCUCUUCCAAGGGAGACAUCAACUUCGCGUUUGCCGUGCGUCGCCUGGCAGACCGCUAUGGUCUAAUGCAGCUGGUGGACAAGGUCGAAGAGGAGUUGGAGGGACUGCUGCGUGCUGACAACGUUCUGAGCUUCUUCGGGAAGGUGGUGGGCAGUGGUGGCCGCCUUGAGUCGGCUUGCCUCGA